AUGAUGGCCGCCGCAUGGCCUCUCUCCGCCGUCGCCGGCCUUCUCCCGGCCUCCCUCUCGCUGACCCUCCUCCUCGCCACCCUCGUGUCCAUCCUGGUGCUGGGCGCAGCGGCCGUCUUCUUCGAGCACAUCCGCAAGAUCGGAUGCAUGCACUCGCUGGAGAGGUCCGCCGUCUCGGACGCCUUCUUCGAGGACCCCAACUCGCUGAAGAAGGUUCCCUGUCCGUCGGUUUUUGAUCCUCCUGAGAAAUAUAUUUCGUUGAUAGUUCCUGCCUACAACGAGGAGCAUCGACUCCCCGAGGCUCUUACAGAAACACUCAACUACUUGAAGCGGCGAUCAACUGCUGACAAGUCCUUUUCCUACGAGGUCUUGAUUGUUGAUGAUGGUAGCACUGACCGGACCUCUAAAGUUGCUUUCGGUUUUGUAAAGCAACACAAGAUUGAUAAUGUUAGAGUUCUUCUACUUGGGAGAAAUCAUGGGAAAGGUGAAGCAGUCCGAAAAGGAAUGCUACAUUCACGUGGUGAACUAUUACUCAUGCUUGAUGCUGAUGGUGCAACUAAAGUGACUGAUUUGGAAAAGCUUGAAGCUCAGGUUCAUGCAUUGGCUAAGAAAGCUAAGUCUAGCCCAGGAACAUCUACUAGUUCAUCUCAUAAUCUAUCUGAUGUUGAAAUUGCUGUUUUUGGUUCCCGAGCUCAUCUAGAGAAGCAGGCUCUUGCAACAAGGAAAUGGUAUAGAAACUUUCUUAUGAAAGGUUUCCAUUUGGUAGUUUUGUUGACUGCUGGUCCUGGGAUUAAAGAUACACAGUGUGGGUUUAAGAUGUUCACACGAGCAGCUGCAAGGAAACUUUUCACAAAUAUCAGAUUGAAGAGGUGGUGUUUUGAUGUUGAGCUUGUAUACCUGUGCAAGCGCCUCUGGAUCCCAAUGAUAGAAGUAUCUGUUAAUUGGACCGAGAUACCUGGUUCCAAAGUCCGCAUGACAAGCAUCAUGCACAUGGUAUUCGAGCUCCUGCUGAUCAAAGUAGGUUAUGGACUGGGGAUAUGGAAAAUCUACUCGUAG